AUGGAAUCGGAGUAUCGUGCACUCUACCACGAGGUAUGGCAUACACCUUCGCCGACUCUGGAACUGGCGCAGUCCGCUUUGAUGAAGCCUGCACCGCUCUCAAUGACGCUCGAGGAGCGAACGCGGCUCACUUAUCAAAGAGCGAGGGCUUUAGCACAUGCAUACAGCUUGACCUUGGAGGAUGUACUCAACACCACUCCAAAAUUCUGGAAACUUCACAUUGACAUGCUUACCGCUAUGGAUGGUGGCGCAAUCAACUUGGUUAGCGUUGCAUAUAACCUGUUCGUCGGUACAGUUGCUCCUUACGUUGCCUCGCAGCCUGAAUUGGCGCCGAUUGUACAGCAGGCGAUGAACUUCGACAUCUCAGCACAAUUCAUGCUCACCGAGCUCGGACAUGGCUUGGAUGCGCGCAACCUCGAAACAACUGCUACUCUCAUGCCCGAUAACAGCUUUAUCUUGAACACACCAUCCCCGGCUGCUGCUAAAUGUAUGCCACCUAAUACUCCUCGCCAUGGUUUGCCUACUUUUGCGGUUGUAAUAGCCCGCCUCAUUGUCAAAGGAGAGGAUCGGGGAGUCCGACCAUUCCUUGUUCAAAUGUCAGAUGGCGUCAAAAUGUACCCGGGUAUCACCGCGAAAGUCUUUCCACCUCGCCCGGGUGCGAAUCCGAUCGAUCAUGCAUUGACCUACUUCGAUCGCGUGCAGCUUCCGUUCUCCGCCCUGCUCGGUGGCAAGCAAGGCAGACUGGAGAAGUCGAACAACGAACGUGACAACUUCUUGGCCACGAUACACCGCAUGCCUGCAGGAACACUUUUCCUGGCUGGUGGGUGUAUCCCGUUGAUCAAAAUGGCUGUUUACAACUCCAGCAAGUUUAGUUUCCGGCGACACAUCCUUGGCCAUGACGGGCAGCCUAUGCCCGUAAUCGACUUCCGUACUCAGCAUCUUCCUAUUCUCCACGCCAUCGCCAGAGCUCAUGUCCUCCAAGCAUUCCUCAUUCACGCCGGAAUGAGUUUCUGUGAUCGAAACAUCACUGACCCGCGGGUCCGUCAUGCCUUUGCUACCAUCUUCAAGGCAGUCACAACGCAUCACUUUCAGACGAGCCUCGAAUCUGUCAAUAAAGGCUGCGGCUGGCACGGUUACUAUGACCGUAAUCAAAUCCUCCAAGCUGAUCUGGAAUUUCGUGCAGUAGCCACCGCUGAGGGCGACGUCCGAGUCCUCGCUAUCCGCCUUGCUAGCGAGCUUCUGAUCGGCCGCUACCAGGUGCCGCCUCCCAAGAACCCCAACGGUGCCCUAGCGCAGCACGAAGCCGGUUUGUUUGCCGAGGCGAGGGUGGCAAUGAAGCUCUUCGGCAGUAGGCAUCGGAGCGAGGCCUUCAACCGAACGAUUCUCCCUCUUGCCCUUCCGUUGGUUCAAGCCAUCGGAUAUCGGAUGGCAAUCGAAGCUGCUAUCGAGGCGGGCAUUGACCCUAAGCUGCGAGCUCUCUACCAAGUUGGAAUCAUUAAGGAAGCUUCCGCUUGGUUUGCUGAGUAUGGUCUCAGCCGUCAAAAGCAGCGCGAGAUGGAGGCCGAAGCGGCCGAUGCAGUGCUUCCUGACUUGGAAAGAUUGGUUGAGGAAACAGGGGUCGAGCCGUAUUGCACCGCCCCCAUGACGUCUGAUCGUCUGUGGAAUGAUUAUGUUGGCGAAUUCGAGACGUUCUCAGGCGGCCCGGCGGAAGCUUCUCAGGAGCUCAAAGCACGUUUAUAG